UAUAAAUAGUUAAAAUAAGUUCACAGAAAUGAGACAGAAAAUUUUCAGAUUGUUUAACACUCCACCCACCUCAACUAUGGAUAGAGGAGCUUCACAUCUUCCUCCUCAGCCUCCUGGUAUUAGAGAACAUGGCACACCGCCACCACCACCUCCUCCUCCUCCUCCUCCUCCUCCUCCUCCUCAGCCUCCUGGUACUAGAGGACAUGGGACACGGCCGCCACCACCACAUCCUCCUCCUCUUCCCCUUCCAAUGUAUGGAUCAGACCCUGCAAAAGUUGGACUGAUUGAGCUUAGGAGAGCCCUUAACCUGGAAAUUAUGCUCACAAAAGUACAUAUGCCGCUGCCUGAUCUGAUACACUACACUGGUGACAAGGCGGCCUUGGGAAAAUGUGAGAAGUACUUCCUAGAGCUAAUGAAGGUGCCAAGAGUAGAGUCAAAGCUUAGAGUAUUUUCUUACAAAAAACAAUUCGGCCCUAAGAUAAUAGAAUUCAAGAAAAGAUUAAAUACUGUAAUUUCUGUGUGUGAAGAGGUGCUUACUUCACAAAAGCUAAAAGAAGUUAUGAAAGAGACUAUGUACCUGGGAAACACAUUGAACCAAGAAACUGCAAGUGAUGAUGCUGCGGUUGGAUUCAAGCUGGAUAGUUUCUUAAGAUUAAGUGAUACACUUGCUCCUAACAGCAACAUGUCUCUCAUGCAUUAUCUUUGCAAGGACCUUGCUUCUAAGGCACCAGCUCUACUGGACUUCCAUAAGGAUCUUGAAAGUCUUGAAUCAGCUUCAAAGAUAAGAUUGAAGUCUCUAGCUGAUGAAAUGCAAGCGAUAAAUAAGGGGUUGAAUAAACUUGAGCAAGAGUUCAUUGCAUCUGAGAGAGAUGGUCCUGUUUCUGAAGUUUUCUGUAAAACAUUGAAGGAGUUCAUUCCCAUUGCUGACAAUGAAUUAAAAAAGCUGUUGAGACUUUCCUUGCUCGCGGCAAAAAAUGUUGAUGCACUUUUGGUUUAUUUUGGUGAAGAUCCUUACCUUUGUUUAUAUGAACAAGGUACGUGGUGGAAUAUAAAACUACAUCCUCCUCCUUUUGGCGAUGCAUAGAAAGUAGGGCUGGGCAAAUAAACCGAACCCGAAAAUCCGAACCGAACCCGAUCCGAUAAAAAUGAAUCCGAACCGAUCCAAACCUGACAUGAAUACUGAAUGGAUCCUGUUUUUUGGUAUUUUGGGUUAUGGGUAUUAUCCGAACCGAACCCGAACCACUACAAGAAAACAUGUGAUUAGCAACUGCAUUUUGCGACUAUGACUGCAGUCACAAAAUUUAACGACUGAUUACUGACUCAUUUGCGACUCAUUUGUGACUACAUUAAAUUCGUCACAAUUCAGAAUUGUCGCAAAUUUACGACCAAUGAUUGUAGUCGCAACGUAGUCGUAUAUUGUAAAUUGUAGUCGCCAAUUAGUCGCAAAAGUUGUGACUGUUUUGCGACUCUUUUAACGGGUUAUAAAUCAGUCGCCAUUCAGUCGGUAAAAACCGAUACAAAACACGUCCUUAUCAUUUUUGUGGUUGGUGUACUGAAUUUUUGUGGUAACAUUUAUUAGUCGCAAAUCAGUCGGUAUUUAGUUGCUAGUUAGUUACUAUUUAAAUCCUUAACCCUAAACAUGUUUUAAACCUUAAACCCUAAACAAAAACCUUAUAAAUCUAUUAUUUUCAUAGUUUAAAUCUAUAUCUUAAAUUUAAUGUCAAAUUUAAUUGUUUUCAAAAUUUAACUACAAAUCAUAAAUGAAAACCUCAAAUAUUAUACUACAAACCCUAAACUUUAAUUGUGAAGUUUUUGUUACUAUAAUAUAAAAACAUGAUUUAUUUAUCUAUCAUAGUAUUAAACUUUAAAUCUAAAUCUCAAACAAAAUCUUUUCAAGUUUUAACUAAAAGCUAAAUCUAAAACCAAAAUAUAUUUACAAUAUAUACACAUAUAAACUUUAAGUAACCAUUAAACUUCAAACUACCCGUAGUCUUAAACUCUAACAUAAGUAACCAUUGAACUUUAAACUCUUUUUUUUGGUGUAAAAAUUGAACUUUAAACUUUCUUUUAUUUUUAAACUAUCAAACUAUAACACCAAAUCUUCAAUUGAAAAUCAAAAUUUAAUUUUUAUAUCUUAAUAUAUAAUUCCAAAACACAAACCUUAAAUCUUCAAUCAAACUCUAUACCCUAAAUCUAACUUUAGCCCCUAAACUCUAAAAAUACAUCUAAAAUACUAUAACAUAUCUAAUUCCUCUAAUAUAUCAUAAACCUUAAAUUUUAAAUAAAAUAUGAUACCUCUAAAAUAUCACUUCUAUACCCUAAACACUUAUAUUUAACCAUAACCCCUACAUUACAAAUCUAAAACUCAAACGAGGUAUGAAAUUAUAAAACUCAAACUUAUGAUCCAAAUCUAUGACUCAAACCUUUCGGGUUUUUUACCUAGUUAGUUUCCUAGUAAACUACUAAAAUUAUAAAAAGCAAAAAACGUCGAAGUAUACCCUUAAACGAGAUAUGAUUUUUGAUUGGCCCAUUAGAAAUGGCAAGGAUCACACCAAGUUCAUCAUGCACCGUUCAUAACUCUUAAUCCAAUGGACACCAUUUAAUCAAAUUUUUUUCUUUUCUUCUUCCUUUUCUUAUCUUUCUCCUUUGUCUCUUUCCUCUCAAAACAGAUCGAAGCAUUCUUUGUCUCUUCUUUUCUUUUCAUAUCUGAUCUCUCCUCCUUCUCUGCUCCAACCGCAGCCUCUCCUCCUCUGUUCUCUCCUAUGCUUCCGGACACCUCCGUAACGCCUCCAUGUUCCUCUGCUCCGUGGCCUCCCUCCUCCUCUGCUUUGUGACGCCUCAUCUCCUCCUCUACUCCGUGCGGCCUCCUCUCCUUCUUAGUUUUGUCAUGGGGGCUGCAAGAGAUCUAAGAAGUAAGAAGAGGAUAAAAUGAAGAAUAUGAAGAAAUGCAGGAAGAAAACGUCUUGGCUGAGAGUGACAGGUUCGGUAACGGCGGCCUUCUCUGCCGCUGCUCGUUCUCCGGCGCCUGCAUCCACCACAAAGAUAUAUAUAUAUAUAUUAUGUGUAAUAUAUAUAUAUGUGACCUAUGUAAACAUAUUUGUAUUAUAUUUUAAUUGAUUAAUAAAAAUAAUAAUUUUUUAAAAAAA